AGGAAGCAGAAAAAAAUGGCUGCUGCAGAAGAAUGAUGCUCCGAAUAAGUGUGAACAAGAUGUAGAGGAGGUGAUUUUCGGAUCGUGUUGUUUUGUUGUUUUUUUUUACAUGCUAUGGAAACAGCUGUUACAAACGAAGCGGAAGAACACAGCCUUAAAUGAUGUUCUCGGCUCUAAAGAAGCUGGUCGGAUCGGAACCGGGCCAGAUGAGGGACAGAAACAUCCCCGCUGGCCUGCAGUCCAUGAACCAGAGCCUGCAGCGACGCUUCGCCAAGGGGGUCCAGUACAACAUGAAGAUUGUGAUUCGUGGGGACAGAAACACGGGUAAGAGCACACUCUGGCACCGCCUGCAGGGGAAGAAGUUCCUGGAGGAGUACAUCCCCACCCAGGAGAUCCAGGUCACCAGCAUCCACUGGAACUACAAAACGACGGAUGAUGUGGUGAAGGUGGAGGUGUGGGAUGUGGUUGAUAAAGGCCAAAAAUUCGCUCUUCCUGAAGGUGUAGGCAAAGGUAAAAAGCGUGGAGAAACUUUGAAACUGGAAAACGAGCCCCAGGAGGCUGAGAAUGAGAUGGCCCUGGAUGCCCAGUUUCUCGACGUGUAUAAGAACUGCAACGGGGUCAUCCUGAUGUUUGACAUCACAAAGCAGUGGACCUUCAACUACAUCAUGCGAGAGCUGCCGAAGGUGCCCACCCACGUGCCCGUGUGCGUGCUGGGGAACCACAGGGACAUGGGCGAGCACCGGGUCAUCCUGCCCGACGACGUCCGCGAUUUCAUCUCCAGCCUCAACAGACCCCUGGGGUCAUCCUACAUCCACUACGCUGAAUCUUCCAUGAAGAACGGUUUCGGCCUGAAAUAUUUACACAGAUUUUUCAACAUUCCCUUUCUGCAGUUACAGAGGGAGACGCUGCUCAGACAGCUGGAGACCAAUCAGCUGGACAUCGACGCAACGUUAGAGGAGCUGACCGUCCAACAGGAGACCGAGGACCAGAACUACGACAUCUUCUUGGAGAUGAUGGAAGCCCGCAGUAAAGGCUACAGUUCUCCAGGCCCGGCCAACGGACAGAGCCCAUCCUCAGGGUCCCAGUCCCCCGUUGUACCCCCAAGCGGAGCAUCCACAGGCAGCUCCAGUCCCGGGACCCCCCAGCCCCCAGUUCCUGCCCAGAAUCUGCAGUCCCCCUCCCCCUCUCCUUCUCCCCCUCCCCCUCUCGCUCCUCCCAUCGCGACAGCACCCCCUACAGCCGAAACGCAGGCUCCAUCCCAGGCGCCGGAGCGCCCCGCCCCCUCCCCCUCUCCCACGCCCCCUGCCCCUGCGGCCCCGCCCCAGAAACGCGGCAUCAUCUCCCGACUGUUCGGAACGUCCUCCACGCCCGAGGUGCCAGCAGCUAAACCCGAUACGCCUGCUCCUGUCGCCCCGGCCACAGUGCAGAGUGUGGACGACUUUGUCCCGGACGAGGGCUUGGACCGCAGCUUCCUGGAGGACAGCGUCCCGGGGAAGACCAAGGAGAAGCCCCAGCCGGUCACGGCGGUCACUGCGGACACCGACAGCGACGGAGAGGGCCGGGGAGGGAACCCCAUGGUGGCGGGGUUCCAGGACGAUCUGGACCCCGAUGACAAGGAGCCGGCCAAGCCCCCUCCGAAGGGGGCAGUCCCGAGCAAGGACAUCACCCUGUCCAGCGACGAGGGGGAGGGGGGCGAGGGGCACAGACCGUCAGUGACCAGGGACGAAGACCUGGACAGUGAACCAGACAGUAAGAGCCCCGGGAACCUGGAAGCCAAGACUGCUGCAGCGGAGAAGCAGCCUGGUACCAGCGUCCCGAAAGCAGAUCCCGCUCCCCUCCCCCUCACCCCUACCCCGGCCCCACCCCCGGCCCCAGCCCAGGCCCAGCCCGCACGGCACAGCAGGAAGAAAGGGGGCGCUGCCGAGGCGGAGUCCUCCGACACCGACCCUGACGCGCCCGUGGCAAAGCAGCUGCUCUCCUUCGUCAUGGACGACCCCGAUUUCGAGAGCGAGGAGUCCGACACCCAGAAGAUGAAGGAGUUCUUCCCCGUGCGGGAUGAUCUCUCCGACUUGUCUGACAGCGAGUUAAAACCCACCAAGAUCCCUGAGCCACUGAAGCCCACCGUCCUCUCCUUCAAACAGAAGAAUGAUGGCGAUCUGUUUGGCCUCGGCAUCCUGGAGGGGGCGCCCAAGAGCAAGGACAGCAGUGACGAGCAGGAAGAUAAAGAAAGCAAACACUCCUCUAAAGACAAGAAGAAAAAGAAGAAGAAAAGUAAAGAGGAGGAGGACAAAGGCAGCAAAAAGCGCCACAAACACAAGAAGGAGAAGAAGGAGGAGGAGGGGCCAGGAGAAGAGAAGGAGAAGGAAAGGAGGAAGAAGAAGACGAGAACUAAGAAAGCAGGGGACCUGGAUGACCUGGAGGCCUUCUUGGCCGGAGGGGAGGGGCCUGUGAAGAGAGAGGGCGGAGACUACGAGGAGCUGUAGGAGUCCUUUCGGCCAAUCAUGGCCUGAGCUGUUUGGGAUUGUGUUUCUGAGGCCGCAAUUUCAUUCACAUAGUGGCGCUUUCAGAGAAUCAUUGACCUUUCGAUUUGGGUUCCACCUCCAUCUUUCUGGACUCAUUAGUGCCUGAUUUAAAUUUUUUUUUCCCCCCAUUUCAUUGCAUUUUUAACAUCGACACCAUUGCUGUCUGCACUCCAUUAUUGCAGAGAGGGGGAAGGGCCAAUGUUCAUAUACUCAACAACACAAACUUUGGAUUGGUGCAUCGUUAGAGAUAACCAGCAAUGUCCUCGCAUCUGUUUUAAGUUUUUAAAUUCAAAUUCUUAUUUUGGGCUCCUGGCGUUUUUUUAUUUGUCAUUUCCUGUAAAGAACACGUCCCCAUCCAAAGUGGAGCCUGUCAGAAUGUCUUUUUUGCCUAUGAACUUCCUGUGUGUGAGAGCAUGCUGCUGUUAGUCUGUCAAGUGAAUGUUCUCGUCUGUUACUGUACGUAUCCAUCUCUCCAUGAAGCGCGUUUCGAUAUCGGAAGACGUUUACAACUGAGGAACCAUGUCAGACGCUUACACGUGGGCGCAGAAAUAACGGUUGGGAAAUUCAAACGUUUUCCUUUUAAUUGUUUUGCUUUUAUCCUGUUUGUUGUCUGUGAAUGACUGAACAAAAGGUUACAGCUGGGGCUAACAAAUGCAAACCUCGAGAAGUCUAAGUACGGUGGAGAACGGGAGGGACUUCCUGUUUACAGAGCAGUUCAUUCGCUUGUGGAAUGACUACCCCUACAUUUUUAUUGGUCGUCUGUAAAUGCCUUAAAGGAAGCUUGACUUUUUCAACGAAACUGAGCCGCGGUGCUCUCCUCCCCCAUCUCAAGUGUUCUUACAGUAAAUUGGCAGAAAGAGAUCGACACUGUAUUCUUUAGGCAGUGCUUUGCCUGUGGAGAGGAUUCAGUUUAGGACAACAGGACUACAUCUGGCAGAGAGGGAGCCUUCUGUAGCUGAACACUAAACAGCCACAGAUUUCUUCUGAGGUGUAAAUAUUCUGCCAGGAUGCACUGAUGUGUUACACUGGUAUGGUGGCUGGAUUAACCUUUCUUUCAGGCUGCUGAAGAGUUAAGAUUUAUGCAUUUUAUUCUCUUUUUUUAACAUUUCCAGGGUUUUAUGUGCAAUUAAGUUCUAAACCUGCUUGCGUUGCUAACAUUUGACAGACCAAAAUGAGAAUGCUGACUGACACUCUGCGGAAUCCGCGUUCUUUUCUGUGUUUUGUUUAUUAAGCUUUUUUCCUGCAUUUGAUUGUAUUGAAGGUGACAGGUGACAGGUGACAGGUGUGUAAGCGUGACACCUGUCUGUGUACAGUUUACCAACAGUAACCUCUCACACAUUUGCCGUACCCAGUUCACUGCUGUUACAGUAAGGGGUUUGCACAUCCAGUUAUGGAGUUGGUGACUUUUCUAAAAGCCUGCAGCAUUUGCCUUCUGUAAAAUUCACGCUACUGGAUGCCAGAGGCUUCCCCGUAUUACAGUUGUUGGUUGCCGUGUUCAGUAGUUUUGAUGUGUGAGGCACAGCCGGAAGACCAAGCGUAACGUUUGCGGUCCUGUGCAUUGUGGGAUUGCAGAUGAGAAUGUGCGCGGAGUCUCACCUGAUGCGGUAAGCUAAUCAGACGACGUGGGGCUCAGACCCUGAGCGGCUGUGGCUGGACUGUCUUCCAUGUCAGUCAUUAAGGAGCCUCAUCUAUCACAGUUCAAAGCCAUUACGAGCAAAAGAGAGCAGGGGCUGUUAGCCCACAUAGGCAAAGCCACACAGACACGGCCACAUAAACAAAGAAAUAUGACUCUUACUUUCACAGCCCCUGUGGUGUAGGGUGCACUGCAGACUGUGAGAGGUUUGCUGGGAAAUGCAGUGUGGGUCUCAGGUGGACUACACUGUCAAUUUGUGGCGAUACCAUGGGAGGCCACCAGGGGGAGCCUGCUCAAGGCUGCCCUUGUGCAUCUGUCGGGGGUCUCUGCUCAGUUUACGCGUGAUGUAACUCUCCCAGCCGACUGCACUCCGGUCUGGUUCUGAGGAGCUCCGUCUCAAUGGAAUGUGACAAUGUCAGCUCAAGAACUUGCACUAAGGGACUGCCCAAGGACGCCUCUCGCCACGGAAACAAACCGUGACAGUACAAGACUUCAGAACCUCCCCCACACUCGCGUUUCAGCAUCUCCACUGUGACAUCAUGUUCCCUCACAGCCCAAUGAAAUUCAGGCCUGUGUCCCUGCCCUUU